AUGAAGGUCACACUGACUCGCACGAGUUUAUUUUUGACUGGAAGAAAGUGUUUUUGUGAAGGAUUACCGAAUGGAACCCAAGAAGCCAAAGAUGGCCUCUGAUAAGGCGGAGGAACCCGCGGCCACCAUCUGCUCCUACUGGGUGCCACGCAAGAAGCGGCGCUGCAAGAUGACGGCCAACAAGGGUAGUCCCUUUUGUGGCGCCCAUGCCCCACCCACGAUAAGCCCCUCAAUUUCGGAUGACAAAUCUUGCGAAGAUUCCUUCCAGGAACGAAUUCCCUGUCCCCUGGAUCCCAAACACACCGUCUUUAAAAGAAAGCUAGCCAAGCACUUGACCAUUUGUAAUGCAAGGGACCAGGAAAGUUCACUUCCCUACAUUGUAAAAGGACUAAAUUCUGGAGAAGAUUUGGGAGAUCUCGGGGACCCAGAAAAACUUAACCAAAUUAAACUUCACAAUCUGUCCGAUGAAGAGUUUUACGGUUUGAUAGACAAAGUAAAAUAUCUCUAUGACAAGCACAUUGGUUCUAGCAUACAGGAAAAGCAGUUGGAGCAUAGUUCUCUAAAGGAGGAACUGAAUCGCAAGGACUACGGCCAGGAAACGCUACGUCAGCUCAUGCAAGCCUCCAGCUUGCUGGGUAUCCUGGAGGAGGACCAUCAGCUGACGGAUCACACAAGCUACGUGGAAUUCGGCGCUGGCAAGGGACAAUUGGCCUACUACCUGGCCACCGUUUUGGAGGAACAGCAAUUGACUCAGUCCCAGGUGAUUCUCAUCGAUCGGAUGUCCCUUCGCCACAAAAAGGACAACAAGGUGGCCAACAAGGAGCUGGUGCAACGCAUCCGUGCGGAUAUCGCCGAUCUAAAGCUCUCCGCUUUGCCCGAGCUGAAGAAAGCCCAACGAACGGUGGCUCUUUCGAAGCAUCUCUGUGGAGCAGCCACGGACUUAACACUGAGAUGUAUGCUGGGUGAUGGAGGUGCCAGCACGGACUACGUGCUCAUCGCACUGUGUUGCCAUCAUCGUUGCUCCUGGCAGUCAUAUGUGGGCCGCGCCUUUCUCCAGGAAUCUGGUAUUGGACCACGGGAGUUCGCUAUCCUGACUAAAAUGGUCAGUUGGGCGGUUUGUGGCACGGGCUUAAGCCGCGAACGGCGGAAGGCCAUGGAAAUGGCAGAAGAUCAGCCCGCGGAGACAAACACCCAGCGACUAAGUCGCGAAGAGCGCGAAAAAAUAGGUCAACAGUGCAAGCGGGUGUUGGAUUACGGACGACUGGAUCACCUGCGAUCGCGCGGUUACCAAGCGGAACUUAAGUUCUACGUUCCGAGGGAUGUGACUCUGGAGAAUGUGGUCCUGCUGGCCCGACCAUCCACUUCUAAACUGGAGUGCCAAAAUAAAAGUAGUUGAUUUUAAAAUA